UUAAUUUCACGGAAAACUUGGAUAUUUCCACGUCACUGGACUUUCACUGGCUUUGGCAAACUGCAUGUAACAUAAACAACGGUUCAGUGGACCGCGACGGGCGUCAUUCAACGACGGGCGAGUUAAUUUAGAAGAAGCUAUGGUGAAUACAAACCCUGUAGCCCUAUUUCAAGGAGAAAUUUUACGAAAGAAACUGAAGAAAAAUACGUGGAAAGAGUACAGAGUGAUCCUUCAAGAAGAUAGGCUUGUGUUUAUGAACGAGAAUGAAAAGAAAAUUGCCGGAGUCAUAACCUUGACAGAAGAGACGACAUGUAAAGUGUUGGAGAGAAAAGAAUCGUCUCGACAAAGCUCAGACCGCUCGAGCUUAAAGAAUAUUUCUAGACGUAAGCGAGGUUUCGAUGACGGCCCCUGUAAAUUUAAGUUGUAUGCUAAGAGAGGUGUUCAUCUCCUCAAGACAGACUGUAAAUCAAGCUGUGAUCAGUGGAUUGGUGCAAUUUCUCGCGUUGUUCAAAGUAUGUGGAUAAAUUCCCAAAAUGGCCCGUCGUCGACAAAAGCACGAAGACACCGCUUUAUGAACUGGCUACACCUAGACUGCAAUGUAACAAACCAGGCGACAAACAGGAAUGGAUUUUCGUACAAUUGUUUAUUAGAAGAGGAAAAUCUCGAAGACCAUUUCAAUGAAAUUGAAAGAAAUAGUAUUAUCGAGAAUGGAACUCAACCAGUAUUGAGAAGUUUUACAUCUCCAAAAGGAAAAUUUAAAAUGUGGAAAAAUAUUUCUAGUCGCAUCAUUUCGAGAUACAAAGCCGGAAAUUACGGCGUUUUGGUUGAAGACAUAACAGACUAAUAGGGCAUCUUCGCAAAAUCAAUCGGAAUGAAGAAAUGCAAAAGUUCAAGUUGGAUGCCUCCUGUAUUACUAAUUAUGACUUCCGGUGCAAUAUCGGUUUAGGUUUCAUUUCAGUUGGGCAGCAUAACUCAGUUCAAAUUACUUACAAAGCAAAACAGCUUUACUCUAUUGCUAUUUUCCCCUUUGUUUAGUACUUUCAUAGAACACAGUGAAUAAACAUAAUAGCAACAUUAUCUAUUAUAAUUUAAUACGUGGCUUGAAGCCUUAUGUUAUUGCUUUGUCAAUAGUUUGACAGCCUAUCGUCUAAAGAAUUCCAUUAAUAUGUGGGGGAGCAAUAUAGACAAAAUAACUACAAGUUACACUUUGAAGUUAUCCAUAUGUGAUGUAGAUUAAUUUGAAAAAAUCCUUUCUUCCUGAGCAGUUUGCAAUAAAUAAUGAAUUAUCACUUUAAUUACAUGUUAUAAAGUCAGCUUGCC